AUGAUACCUUUGCUAGCUGCCAUCCUCUUGGCCGGAGCCGCGGGCGCUGGCCCGGUCCUCGUGAGCGACGCCUGCGGGAGCGACACAACGACGAACGAUGACCUUGGGCGGGGACGGUGUGCCGUGGAGACGGUCUGCCGAAAUAUGAAGGCGAAGGAGAGGCCGGCGGAGCUAAAGGCGUGA